UUUUAAGAAAAGCUUCUUCAGCGGAUUAUUAACCAACACAUCAGCUGUUGAAUUCAUCUUUAAUAACGCUUAAAUUGGUCACGUUUUAGGACACAAUCCAUAAACUAUUGAAACUGUAUCAAUACUUAUUAAAAUUUUUGAAAUUAUUCUGGAGAAAGAUAAAGGAGUUCAUUUAAAAAAAUCCAAAAAGCAUCUGGUACAUCAGUUUAAAACUUAGGCGGAAAGACACAAAAACGUUCACUUUCUAGACAUGAUGAGAAAUUUUCAUUGGAAAAAAAGAAAUGUAUCGUAUAUAAUAACGAUAUUUUUAGCACUUUAUUUAUUUUUUAGAAGAAAAACUUAUGAGCAUGAAGAAACUUUGCUAUUAGAGAAAAUAAAACCAGUUGAUGUUUGGGAAUAUGUAGCUGAUUUUAGUAACAUGAAAGAUUUAAAUCCCACAAUAAUAUCUUUUAAUAUUAUUGACGAAAGUGGAAAUUAUGAUCACUGGAAAUACUCAGUAGAAUACUCUGAACAUUUAUCUCAUUGGCCUUAUCUUGAAAAUCACGCCAUUGGACAUUAUGAUAUAAAAGGAAAUCAUCAAAAUGAUGUUUAUUUUAUUAAUUCAGCUCAUAUCACAUGUUUAUUUGGAAACUAUUUUUGUUUAAAUUCAAAAAGCAGUUUUAAAAUAUCUAAUUCAAGGAAUGGAUCUAUGUGCCAAGAACUUAUAGAGUACCAAUGUCCCGCGAUUUUAAACCAAUUUUGCUUUAAAGAAGUUGAUUUCCAACGUAAAGCAAUUAUGAAAAAUUUAAAAUUACAUUUUUAUAAAAAAUAAACGUUAUCUUUAAACUAA